AUGUCUCUCGUUGAGGUCUACGUACCUUCUGAAGAAGCAAGACAUAUCCUUCAUCAAAUCGGAAAUUUAGGUCUGAUGCAAUUUCGGGAUCUAAACCAAGGUGUGAACGACUUUCAAAGGUCAUUCGUUCAGGAAUUGAGGGUUCUUGACAAUAUUGAGAGACAGUACUCAUAUCUUAAGGACCAAAUUGACAAACGACAAAUCAGCAUUGCUACUUAUCCUUAUGACACAAGCGAUAUUCAAGUAUCAGAUAUUGAUGUUUAUGCCGAGAACGCAUCUCUUUUGGAAGCUCGUGUCUCUCAGAUGACUGACGCAGCUGAAGCGCUCCAGGAGAAGGAAAGAGACUUACUUCAGUUCAAACACGCAGUCAAAACUGUUGAAAACUUCUUUGACGGGAACGAUUAUCGAGAAAUUGUGUCAAGUCAGGAAGAUGGUUCCGGCUUCAACACACAGUUUAUCUGCGGUGUUAUUAACAGAGAAAAGAUUGGUGUUCUUCAACAAAUUUUAUGGAGGAUUUUGAGGGGUAACAUGUAUUAUUACAGUGAGGAGAUAUCAGAAAGUAUUUACGACCCCAAAGCGGGCGAUAACGUCCUCAAGAGUGCUUUUAUCAUCUUCUCGCAUGGCUCACUCAUCCACCAACGAAUCUUGAGGAUUGCCGAAUCGUUAGAUGCGAAGAUAUAUGACGUGAAUAUGAGUUCAGGAGAAAGAGAGCAUCAAGCAUCUUACUUAGAUGGUGAGCUUGGUGAUUUGGCGGUAGUCUUACAAGAAACUGAAGGCGCUCUUUGCUCUGAACUCAUUGCUGUUUCCCGUGAUCUUGCAAAGUGGUGGGAAGUGGUUGCCAAAGAAAAACGGGUGUACCAAAUCAUGAAUUUUUGUGACUUCGAUAUUCUGAGGAAAACUUUGGUUGCUGAAGGCUGGGUUCCGAAUGAUGAAAUUGAGGAACUCAGCGUAAAGAUCAAGUCGCUGAGCUCUUCGGAUGCUGUCCCGACGAUCGUAAACGUGUUGGAGACAAGCAAGAAACCACCCACCUUUCACCGUACCAACAAAUUCACAGCGGCUUUCCAAAAUAUCUGCGAUACUUACGGAAUUGCUUCGUAUGAGGAAAUAAACCCUGGUUUGCCAACCAUUGUGACAUUCCCCUUCAUGUUUGCCAUCAUGUUUGGUGACUUGGGGCAUGGUUUCAUAAUGUUUCUUGCUGCUUUCGUGCUUGUUAUCAAAGAAAAUCGUAUUUCUUCUCUUAAAAGGGAUGAGAUUUUCGACAUGGCAUUCUCUGGACGGUACAUACUUCUUUUGAUGGGUUUCUUUUCCAUGUAUACCGGAUUGAUGUACAAUGAUAUCUUUUCAAAGUCGCUAACUUUGUUCAAAUCCGGCUGGGAAUACCCGAGAGAAUGGGAGAAUGGUCAGCUUAUCAUUGCGAAACAAAGAGGUGUUUAUCCCUUUGGUUUGGAUUGGGCUUGGCAUGGUUCCGAAAACAAUCUUCUUUUUUCAAACUCCUACAAAAUGAAGCUAUCUGUUUUGAUGGGUUAUUUACACAUGACAUACUCAUAUUUUUUUUCUUUGGGUAAUGCUAUUUACUUCAAUAGCAUGAUCGAUAUCGUUGGCAACUUUAUUCCUGGGUUGCUCUUUAUGCAGAGCAUUUUCGGCUACUUGUCUUUAUGCAUUGUUUACAAAUGGUCUGUCAAUUGGAUUCAAUUACAGCAACAGCCUCCUGGGUUGUUGAAUAUGUUGAUCAUGAUGUUCCUUUCUCCUGGUACUGUUAUUGAGCCAUUAUACGCGCACCAGAGUGUGGUACAGUUACUUCUUUUGCUGGUUGCAUUGAUCUGUGUUCCGUGGCUCGUGUUUGUCAAACCUUUGUAUUUGAAGCACAAAAUGUCCAAGAAGCAUGCUGAUGCGUCUUAUGAGGCAUUGAUUGAUCAUGAAGCUGAUCAUACAUCACAAGCCGAGAAUGAGCUGUCAGACAAUAAUUCUCGUGCACUUGAAGUCAACGACAUCAAUGAGGAGAAUGGCAAAGAAGAAGAAGGUUUUGGUGAUAUAAUGAUACAUCAAGUGAUUCAUACAAUUGAGUUCUGUUUGAACUGUGUGUCUCAUACAGCCUCCUAUCUAAGACUCUGGGCACUUUCGUUGGCUCACGCCCAGCUUUCGACAGUGUUGUGGACGAUGACCCUCCAAAACGCGUUUGGGCCCUCAGGAGUUGUGGGAAUCAUAAUGACCGUUUUUCUCUUCGGCAUGUGGUUUUGUCUCACUGUCGUCAUCUUGGUCGUAAUGGAGGGUACAUCCGCUAUGUUACAUUCAUUGAGAUUGCACUGGGUAGAAUCCAUGUCGAAGUUUUUCGAAGGCGAGGGUACAUUGUAUCUGCCUUUCGAUUUCAGGAACGUGCUCAAUGAUCGCUUUUGA